AUGGCUCGUCGUGAGGAGAUUUAUGACGUCUGUGUGGUGGGGGCCGGUAUAGAGGGAAGUUCAACAGCUCGAUACCUUGCUUCGCGGAAGAAAAAGACUCUCCUCUUAGAACAGGUACAUGCAAAUGUUUUUCUAAAAUUUCUCUAUCGUACCGUAGACGAUCGGACAAAUUUGAUUUUAAUUCAAUUCGAAUUAACAUAUUAGAAACAACAUCACUAAUGAUUUGUUUACAAGUAGUAAGAUUCUUAUAAUAUCUGAUGAUUUUUACAAUUGGCAAGAGAUCUCAGAUUCUUACAAUAAUGGCAAGAGAUCUCAGAUUUCUAUAGUUGGCAAGAGAUCUAAUUAAUUGCAAUUUAAUUUACUUUGAAGUUUUCAGCUCUACGGUUAAGUAAUCACUAUUUCUGAUUCUAAAAAGUAUAUAGGCGAUAAAAAGUCACAAGACAGUUAUGUCAUAAAUGUUUAACCGCCAAAUAAAUCAUCCUGAUGGGAGUUUCCAUCUUGCUUUUCCGGGUAAUAUUUCCUAUUAAUCCCAUACUUUCCUAAGACAAAGCUGUAGUCCCAAAUAAAAUAUCUUGUUUUGCCAUUGUUUCUCUCUACCAAAUGCUCUACAUGAAAGUAAUCACUAUUUCUGAUUCUAAAACAUAUAUAUGCAAUUACAAGUCACAAGAUAGUUAUCUCAUAAAUGUUUAAAUGCCAAAUAAAUCACCCCGGUUUGAGUUUUCCAUCUUGCUUUCCCAGGGAAUAUUUCCUUGUAAUCCCAUACUUUUGUAAAACAAAGCUGUAGUCCCAAAUAAAAUGUCUUGUUUUGCCAUUGUUUUCUCUCUGCUAAAUACUGUAUGCAUGAUGAAGUAUGGGGUCAUGUGGAAAUCUUGUUCAUUUCCUUUUCUGUUCUUGAUUUGUCUUUUAUCAUAUAUGCAACAAUCUUAAAGUCAGGAGACCUUUUCACUUAUAUUAGUUUGAUAAGUUCUUAUAUCCUUGUCAUAUAGUAGCAUUAUGCAUCUGCAAUGAAAGGUUAAGAGCCUUUUCUCUUAUUUCAACAUCUUUUUUUUUUAACAACAAAUACAUCACAAAAAGUAGACAAGGUACCAGAUUUUCUCUGCAUGUAAACAAUAUUAUAACUUUCAUAUAUUUUUGGAAGCUUCCUUAAGCCUGGGUGGUAGAAGAAGGCCUCUUUUGUCGUCUUAACUGAGAUCUUUUAAGUCUGUGUAGGACUUGAAAUGGGGAAACAGCAUCACCAAUAUCUACCAUUAAGUAUACAUAAAUAUAAAGUUAACAAAGAACUGUUCACUUUUAUCAGUUUCCUCUUCCCCAUACACGUGGUAGCUCACAUGGUCAUAGCAGGAUUGUUCGCUAUGGUUAUCCAGAGGAUUUUCAUGUAGCAUUGAUGCCAGAGGCCUUUGAAAUAUGGAGUGAGGUUGAAAAGAAAUAUGGAAAACCCCUUAUCAAGUUUGUAUCUUGUUAUUUUCUAAGUUGUCUCUAAAUAUACAUGAUUUCAAAUGCUUUUAAAUGAAAAGAAAAGUCAGCUAGAGUAUGGAUUUCAUGGCCUCAGUUUUAGUGAACAAAAACUUGUGCUAGUGGCUGGUCUAAUAGCAUGUUGUGGUAAUAUAUAGAUUUAGCCAAGCUUAAAAGUGGAGCUUGCAUUUUUUUUUCCCCGCACAUCUCAAAGGCACAACACCUUGCCCCAGCCAGGACUAGAACCCAGGUUGUCCAACUCGGAGCCCAGUGCACUGACCACCGGACUACUGAACAAAGCCAUGGCAUUGGUGUACCCGUGGUACAGUUGACCAUGCAUGUUAAAAGUAGCACCUUGUAUGGUCAUAUGGUCUUACGGCCGUACAUCCAAAUUUUUUCGGCCUGAUGAGUUACUACUAUUUUGUAUAAUUAUGGGGCUAUGCUCUACGAGCCCGCUAAUAUUGUGUUAGAAUAUUCUUUAUCUAUCAUUUUUUGGUAGAUCGCUUUCUUUUGUCUCUCACUUGGGAUUUUAAUGUCAAAUAAAUGCAUAUGUAGUCAAUAUUAGAUGCAAAAACCUAUCCAAUAGACCAUUUUAUGUUAAAUUGAUUUACCAGAAAGUAAGGAAUCCUAAAUCAUCUUGAAUCAAGCCAUUUUAAUAUUUUUCCUUUGCAAAUGAAGUGUCUGUAAUAUACCCGAGUUAUCUCAAAAACCAGGUUAUUUGUCCCUCAAAUUACCUACCUCAUGCUUUGGCUUUGGUUGAUGCAGCUGUUUCAUCAGUACAGAAGGUUUGUCUGAAAAAAAGAGUAAUAGUGUGCACACAAACCUCAAAAUGUAUUGUGGGUAGUUUUCAGGUCAGAAUUACCUCAGUCACAGUUCCUUGACCUCAAGAUUUCAGAGAAAUCUGAGAAAAUGCCACUGCAAAGACUGGGCAUAGUGUGUUUGAUUAAUUAAUUUACUUAAUAUUUUAGGCAUGAAAACUCAUUGAUUACCAGGUACUCAGUUUACAUUUCGAGAUUGUUGUCUCAACUUUUGUCCUUUUUUCUGACAACCUUAAUCAAAACAGCUGCCUACAGACCUACUAUUACAGUCAGGUCAAGCUUGUUACUAGUUCUCAUCUCAGCAAUGAAUUGUUUUCCUCCUUUGACACUCCAACAUCUAAUUUGCUAUGGAAUCAUGUGAUGGAAAACUAUCCACUGAAUGAGAUACUGCUGACUUGGUUGGUUGGUUGAAUUGUUUAUUUAUUUAUCUACUCAAAUGAUUAUUGGCCUCAUGGUUAGUACACUCAACUGAUUGAGUGGUCCGGGUUCAAGCCCUGGCCAGGGUCAUUGUGUUGUGUUCUUAGGCAAGACACUUUACUCUCACAGUGCUUCUCUUCACCCAGGUGUACAAAUGGGUACCAGCAAAUAUGUUGGGGGUAACUCUGCGAUGGACUAGCAUCCCAUCCAGGAGGGAAUAGCAAUACUCUUAGCUAUUUCGUGCUAAAGGAAACUGGAGUUAAGUGCCGGCCCCAUGGGCCCCUUUGGCCUGUGUAAAGGCUUUUUUUUUAAAUGGUUGCUAAUUUUGUUAUUUUCUUUUUUCAGAAAGUGUGGUUUGUUAACAAUAGAUGAACCUCCCUAUGCAGAUGUAGCACAAGUAAUUACCAACGUACGAGGUGUAGGGAAAGAAUGUAUUCCUCUUUCAGCUGAAGAAAGCAACAAGAGAUUUCCUGGUUUAAAUUUCUCACCAGAUGAUUCUUGUGCUCUGGAGCAGGACAGUGGAUUAAUUGAUGCCAAUAGUGCACUUAAAGCGAUGCAGGUUGGUAUUGGAUUACCUCUUUAUACUUAAAAUAUUAAAUGAAAAUCUUUUCUGAUCCAGAUAUUUUGGAGACUGUUAACAUCAUGGUUAUAGAAUCUUACUCCAUGUAAAAAUAAAGAACCAGACUUAUGAAUGUAGGUGUCAGUAGGGCUUCAAGACGUGGCUGUUCCCUCUGGGUUUUCUUACUGUGCAUGCUAGUUUCAAGGGAGUUAGUGCAUUCAAGUAGUUAGGACACUGGACUUGUAAUCUGGUGGUCCUGGGUUCAAGCUAUCUACCCUGCUACUCGCUGAAUUUGUUCUCAUUUGCUCAAGUUUAACUCCUUUGCUAUGCUUCCUGUCAGUUGAUAUUUUUUAACAAGACCAUGUUUAUUCAUUCAUUCAUUUAUUCAUUUGUAUUGGCCCUGAAAAAUUCCAUUUGUGGAGAGGUUAAUUACAUGCACCUGUCAUGCUGUGUUAAAAUGCUUAAGAAAAAUUUAUUCCUGUAGAUAGUACCUCAAUCCCUUAAAACACAGAGAACCAGACUUGCCAGUUAAAACCCUGCACAUGAGACUACCAGAGCUUUUUCUGAUUUAGAGCAAAUGAGUGUGGUGAAAUUAAAACUAAUUGAUCACAACAGCAAAUCAGGAAACAGAUGUCAGAAUGAGUCCAUUAGAAGGUAGCGUAAAAGAAUUAACUGCCUGAGGAGUGGAAAAAUGUAAAUGACUAAAUGCUGAUGGGUUCUAGUUUUGAAUCUGACUGGUUGAAAGGGUGGUGCUGUUUCGAGACCAACCACACCAUGAAGUGGAGCGAGCCAAAGCAAUCCUGCACUAUUUCCAACACUCAUUUAAAAAUUACUUUAUGUUGCAUGAUGUAACCAGGAGUGCUACAACUCCUCUUAAAUAAUGAGCUUGUCCAUCCAAGUUCCCCCCCCCACUCUGUGCCAAUAGCUCAAAUCUCCCUCACAGUUUGCCGAUAUCCAUUUUUAUUUCAUUUCUCAUUUAGUACAUGUGCUAUGAUUGGUAAGCUUAGUGGGCUGUAUUGAACUGUACAGCCUGCUAUAUUCAAAUUUAAAGGUUUGUUUGAAUUGAAAUCUUUUCCCCUAUUUGAACCUAGAUGAAUAAUAAAUAUCUCACUAACCCUGAUUUUCUUAGUCCUUACUUUAAGUUAUAGAACUUUGAAUUUUCUGCUUGGGUUUAUGGCCCAUGCCUAGCACCUGGGCCAUAAAUCCCUGUUGAAAAAAAUAUGGUAUGUAAACUGCAGUACGAAACAAGAAAAUGAGGUCAGUAACAGGGGUAUACUCCUUGCUAUGGGCAUUGAGUGUGUUGCCCACAAACAUAGGAUAUUUAUUUGACCACAAUUCAAACCAGACUCCUCCAUUUGCAGUCCAGUUGAGGUAAACAUACUUCACUACAUCUCCCACAUAUUAGAUAUAAAGGAGAUUAAUUGUUCAGAUAAAUGGCUUUGGUUCAUGUUUCUAUCAAUUGUUUUUAACAUGGCUUGCUCAUUUUAUUAUUUUGCAAGGAACAAUUUGUGGAAUUUGGUGGAAUUUUGCAUGACAGGGAGAAAGUAUUAGAUAUUGAGCCAGGCACUGUGGUCAGCAUUAAAACGGUCAGCAACAUAUACAAGGCAAGAAGUGUUGUCAUCACUGUUGGUAAGAUACAUUCUGGAAGAUUUUUAUCAUGAAAAAUAUUUCUAAACCUUCUUUUUAAACUUUCUGCAGUGUUGUAAAUAUUAGCUAUCUCACUUUAAAGCUGUGAUUAUUUUGGUUUGAUUCACAAUGUGUAUCUGCAGGUCCAUGGGUGAACAAGGUGCUAAAUCCUCUUGGUGUUACAAUACCUCUUAGUGUAAGUUUGUGACAACAGUUUUGCUUUAUGAGAGAUUAUUCACUUGGUUUGCUAUUAAGGUCUAUUUAAAAGCAUUCAAAUCAAAGUAGGAACUGGUCAGGACCCGAGAGCAAGCAUUGAAAUAAAAUGGCUUCUCUGGUUAUGAUUCCCCCAAAAACACAUAAGGAAGGUCCUAUUGUGCAGGGACGAAGCCAGGAAUUUUUGGUAGGAUGGGUCCCCACUUUGAUUCAGGAAAGACAGAAUUUGUUUUUCUGCAAGAAAUAUUACCAGAUAUAUAAAUAUUAGAGACUUGAUGUUGAGUCGUUACAUGCAAUCCUGUUGUUCCAAGAAUAUUUGUGUCAGACAAGUAGUAAAAACUCACAGUUUUGUUAGGGUGGAGGGGGGGGUCUAGACCCCAUGAACUCUCCCCCUGGAUCCACCAUUGUUGUGCAACUCCUAACUGCGUAAACAAUUUCAAUAAGAGAUGCAAAAAAACAUGAGAAAGGCUCUCUUUAGGCCAAAGAUAAGAAGUCAGGCUGCUAACCAAGAAUUAAGAUGACAACAUUAACAACUCUUUCUGGGUUCUUAUUGCUAAAGACUAACAUGUCUUUACUGCCUCAAGAGAAAAAACUAUAAAACUAAUGUGCUUAAUAUACUAAACUAAAUUUGUUUCAUGAACAUUUUCUUCUCCUAAAAUUGCAUUUUAGGAGUAGAAAAAUGCACUUGUCAUCUCUAUAAUGACCACUUUCUUGUGUCCUCAAUGAAGCCAUGGUAGAAAAGUUUAACUGUAGUUGUUGAUUGUUCUUUUUGUACAAUGUUUUAGAUACAGAGAAUGAGUGUUUGUUACUGGCCAGUAACUGAACCCCAUCUCUACUCUGCUGACAAGUUUCCUGCCUACAUAUUUUGUGCUCCACUGGGAUGUAGAAAAACUCAUGUUUAUGGGUUUCCAAUAAAUGAGUAUCCUGGGCUUAUUAAGGUAAAUUUUCACCAGUUAUAAAAGGGUUUUUGUGUGUUCCUAUUAUUCCAGGAGCUGUGAUGUUUUGUUUUUACCAGUUUGGUUUCAUCUGUGAUCAAACACUAUGAAAUUUAAAGUUGAAACAAAUAAUUACUAAAGAGUGGUAUCAGCAAUGUCACACAAUGCCAGAAGGAUUAUGAAUUCACUUAGUUACUUCUGUUUUUUAUGGACUGGCAUGCCAUCCAGGAAGAGUAGCCAUACAAAGUAGCCCUCAUUAGUCUCUUCAUGCUGUGGUAACUGCAGCUAAAUGAGUCACUUGGCUUGAGAGCAAACCUCUGUAAAUCUGCUGACCUUUUGAUGUGGAGGCAAUCAUAUCUGCCCACUGGAUUGUACAAACCUUUUAAAGUUUAUUUAAAAUAAAUCUGUUCUUGAUAUCUGUAGAUUUGUCCUCAUAAAGGUACAGAUAUACCCAGUGCUGACCACAGAGAUUCUUGCACACCGCAAGAGGACCCCAAUGUUCAAUUUACAGCUGAAGUUAUUAAGGCUUGUUUUCCUGGUGUGAAGCCAGAACCAAGUAUUGUGGAGUCAUGUAUUUAUUCAGUGAGUUUAUCACCUGAAAGUAAUCUUUGUUGUAAUUCCAGAUCCAGGGAUGUAGUUAGGGGAUGAUCCAGGGAUGUAGUUAGGGGGUACAGGGGUGCCUGUUUUUGCCCCUCCCUGGCUGAGGUUAUCUAUUUUACUCAGUAGCAUACAAAUCUUAAACUUCAGGUUUCUGAAAAUUACUAGAAUCCCAAGAUUUUAUGUGGCAUUAAUCCUUUCCAGUGGCAGAUACUCCCUUUGUCAAUCCUUCACCCUGGAUGAAUAUGAGCCUGUGGAUACACAAGGAAGUGCAACGGUAUAGGCCACUUUAUUUAAAACCUUGCCCCCCCCCUCCCCAUCCCCUCACCUUAACAAAUAAGCUAUGUCUUAAAAUCUCCAACCUGCAUUUUUUCUUUUUGCUGUUUGAAGGUUACUCCUGAUCAUCUGUUUGUGAUGGACAAGCACCCAGAAUUUAGGAAUAUUGUAAUUGGUGCAGGCUUUUCAGGUAACAGAGAAGGAACAAAUGGUUAUUUCAUUUACAUGUGUUUUAGAGCAGUAGUGUGGUUGUUCAUAAGAGACAAUUGCAUAGAUGUGAUCACAGUCAAUCAGUGGCAAACUCAAAAUAAACUCAACAAUGAAGGCAUAGGCUUAGACAGGAUUUUCAUCUGUCUUUUCGUCUUCAAGAGUGACCAAAAGAGAAUUUCUCCACAAAAUAUUAAAAUACUUUCAAGUAGAAGGUUGGUAAAAGGAAAGGAAAAAAAUCAUCAGGGGAAUAUUUGAUUUAUCACCAAGUAUUCAGAGCUACAAUCAUGAGAAAUGUAUGUUGAACUAUGUAGAAAAUGUAUACGUUGAUUUAAGAAGUGAAAAGGUGAGGAGUUUCUUCUCUACAACCAAUAAUCUUAUUAUAAAGCUGGCAGCGCUCAUCGGCGAUAUGAAGCUAAUCCUGCGUUCUGAUUGGGGUUGCCCGCUUUGAUCCCGCGCAUGAAUUAAAGUGCGUGGAGCGGACUUACAAAGUACGUAACUUUUGGACCAUUUCGGCGAUGAAGUCGCAAAAAGCAGCAGGACACAGUCAAAACAAAGAAAACGAGGGGUUAUUGUGCUACAAGCACAAGUGGCUCUCUUUCCCGGCUCUCGAAAUAGACAAGUCAUUCUUGAUUCUCAUUAAAGCGAAAUAUUUUUGCUGUAUGAUAAAUGCUUUAUUGACCAAGCUUGUUCCUUCAAGAUGGCUGGAUAUUAGCCUCGUUUAUGUGUUUUUUCGUUUUUAUGGACCUCGACUUCGUCAAAUGCACCCUUCGACCCCACCCUUUAUGUGAAUGUCCACGUGUCACCGCUUUACAUGUAGCAAAAAUCCCGCGAUAAGGAAAUAAUGACAGCGCAAAGAAAUUUGAAAAACUCUUGCUACUUAACCCCAUCACAAUUGGUCAUGAAAGAAAUGUAGGAGAUUUAUUUGUUACUGUUUUAUGAACAGGCUUUGUUUCCUCAUUGUUCAAUUGACAGGGCAUGGUUUCAAAAUGGCGCCUGUUGUUGGAAAGAUCCUGUCGCAAAUGGCGCUUGGUGAGAAAGUAUCCUACGAUGUGCUGCCUUUUAGGCUGUCCAGGUUCACAAGCUUUGGAAGAAGUAAAUCUUCACUAUAG